AUGCUCUCUUUCCUUUCUAUAACCGCGUUGGCAGUAUCGAUAUAUCUCGUCUGGAAGAUCCACCGGAAUCUCGUUGCGCGACGUCCAGAGGAUAACAUUCCUGGCCCUCCUCUCGACAGUUGGUUUCUAGGGCGUCAUAAAAUCAACAAGUGGGUCAAGUUGGCCCGAACCUACGGCUCGACUUUCACCGUGAAAUUACCGAUCGAGUUCCUCGUUAGCCACGACCCCAAAGCCUUGCACCAUGUUUUCGUGAAGGAGGCCGAUAGCUUCCCGAGGCAUCCUGGGCUGAUGAGUGUGCCUCGAAGUGAUUUUCAACUCCUCAUCGGGCCCGGAAUACUCACGGCAGAGGGAGUGCACCAUAGGCGUCAGAGGAAGCUGCUGAACCCAGUCUUCUCCUCCGCACGUCUCCGGGAUAUGACGCACAUCUUCUAUGCUGGUCGACGCUAUCGCGGGCGUCUUCCUAGUGAAGGUGUCGAUCACGAGAUGGAUGUGAACGGCUGGAUGGCACGCACCACGCUCGAAAUGCUGGGCCAGGCAGGUCUCGGUUACUCCUUUGACAACUUCCUCGAAGACUCGACGGACGAGUUUGGUGACUCUCUCAAGAAAUUCUUCCCCGUGCUGUCCAAGUCGCCAUUGCUCCAGCUCUCGGUUCCGUUCAUGUCCUACUAUCUCUCCGAGUCGGUCCUCCGGUUUCUCUGGCGCCAUAUCCCAUACAAGCAAAGCAGGGCGAUUAUCGAAAUCAGCGACACCAUGUACCGUCGCUCGAAGGAUAUCAUCGCGAAGAAGAAGCUCGCGUUGGCGAAGGGCGACCAGGCACUGGCCCACCAGGUUGGUGAAGGCAAGGACAUCAUGAGCAUCUGCUGCGAGAGGAUGGACGACGAAGAGUUAAUCGCCCAGAUGUCGUGCCACUUCAUUCUUGCAGGCAUGGACACCACCUCGAACGCACUGUCUCGGAUACUUUACCUACUUUCGGAGCACCCUGAAGUGCAGGAAAAGCUUCGGGGCGACCGCUCGGACCUGGCGUACGACGAUCUUACCAGGCUGCCCUACCUCGACGCGGUCUGCCGCGAAACGCUCCGCCUGUAUGCCCCUGUUCCCAUCGCCGGACGCAUGGCAGCCAAGGACACGGUCGUCCCGCUUCUGCACCCCAUCAAGGGCCGCGACGGGCGCGAGAUGCACGAGCUCGUGAUCACCCGCGGGACGUUCUUCAUCACGAACAUACAGGCCACCAACGUCGACAAAACGCUCUGGGGAGAAGACGCAGAAGAGUGGAAGCCCGAGAGAUGGCUCGGUCCGCUCCCUUCCUCCCUUGAGGAUGCGCGCGUUCCGGGGGUGUACGCCCACCUGAUGACUUUUGCCGCGGGUUCGACAGCGUGCAUCGGGUUCAAGUUCUCGCAAGUGGAGAUGAAGGUCAUCCUAGCAUCGAUGUUGCCUUGCUUUUCCUUCUCACUCACGAAGAAGGAGGUUGUCUGGAACUCGUCGCCUGUGAUCUACCCGAGUAUGGGGUACGAGAGUGACAAGCCCGAGAUGCUUCUCAUGGUGAAGUCAAUCAACGUCUAA